AUGGUUCCGAAUUGCGUGACAAUGGCGUAUAAUGGAGAGCGACAUGCGUUUCGCAAUAAUGCUCUCCUCUUCCGCGCACUCAUGAGCCCCGCUAGGAUGUCUGCAAAGACCGAUCCAACUUCAUCUCUGUGCCGGUACUUUGACUCUGCAGUCACCGAAUUCCGAAGCUUCACCCUAUUCAUGGACAGAAUCACACGAGUGACCUUGCACGCUUUCUGGGGUGGCCCUCACUCUAUGUGGGAACUUCCUAAUCUACCUCUUUCUCCUUGCCCCAAGUCCGGAGCAAGUCCACCCUGCAUUUGA